AUGACGGCCUUCGAAGACUUCGACGGCAACUAUCGGAAGACGUUGGAAAGGCUUGGAGCCUUUGAGGUUUCUCAGUAGGAUUGAGCUGUGAGAAUUAGGAUUGGAAAUAAUUGAGAAGUAGUUUCAAAUGAAUAAGGGUUUCGGAAGAGUUGAUAGUAAAGGAGGGUGAGAUAUAAGGAUAGAACCUGUAGCUCUGCGGCGCCUCUACGAUGAUCUACGAAAAGCUGUUUCAGGAAAAUAUUAGGAACUAGAUAAUGACGUCAUUGGUUCGACACACUCCUUGAUGAUCGACUGAACUGCAGCGCUCAAAAAAAGAAUUUUUAAGAUUUUCAGAUAAGGUUAAGAACAAUGAUUUAGUUGGAGAAGGGUGUGGGGAAUCAGUGAGAGAGAGUUGAAGUAUCUAGGUUCCAAUUAAGUGAUUUCAGAGAGGCUUUUAAGUAAGGUAGAUAGUAGAAAAACCGCCGUGGCUGCAGAAAUGGACGGAAAAGAGCUUCCGUCGAAAGAUAAAAAUAGGUAGAGUUCUAGAAAUGACCGACGUUAAACAGAAUUGGAACAGCUUGACGAUCGGCAGAGGUCAAACUCGUGGGCUCUUUGGAAGAAGCUGAAGACUGGCAACGGAAAAUGGCGAAGAUUUCGAAAUCGGCAUCGAAAACGAAAUUUCAACAUCAACUACGAUGAGGUAUGAUUUUUUCAGCUUAGAGUUCAUCGAAAAUAGAACUCCUUGGCUAAAAAAAAAAUAAAUGUUUACAGCGAGGUGACGGAACGGAAACGUCUUCUGGACUGAUUCGACUGAGGACGGCGACUGGAGGAUCGACGUUGUCUUCCAAGACAAUUUGA